AUGCCGAGAUCUUCUCGAGAGUACAGCGACAGAGGUAAUUAUCGCGUAUUACCUCGCACUAUAACGUAUCAAGAAUACGGUCAGGCUCCAAUGACGAUCGCCUCUGGACCCAUACACUCGACAGACUAUUAUGAAGACCCAUUUCCUGACUUGUACGAAGACGGUCACUAUGGUCCAGGCUAUCAGAGAGAGCAACAAAUGAUGGGCUCUACUUUCGCGUUCGGAACCGAGAGAAAUCCUCAAUAUGGGCCCAGGGCUCAAAAUUACUAUCAACCGCGAACUUUUCAAAAUUAUAAUCAAAACCGUUAUCACCCGGGAGUAAUAGGUCCCACUAGAAGAACUGUUCGUUUUGAAGAAGAUGAAGACUCGGAGGAGGCUGAAUUGCGACAUAAAUCAGAUCCUUCGAUAAUCUGCAACUGUCCAUUUUGCCCAAAAGGAGAACGUCAAGACGUAUACGAUCAUUUAAACGGGUCGGGCGCUCGUCAAUCGGAGGCAAUGGCAAAAUCAAUACCCCCGAUCGAUUCUUCAAAACUCGCAGAAACAAGUCAUAGAACAACAAUCGACGAUCACGGAACCGAUGACUCUCCCGAGACCGGAACAACAGCCAACACAGAACGGUAUGAUGUCACCGGGACAACAAAAUCCGCAACUGAUGACUGCAGGAGAGUUACGAGCCCAACCAAGGACGAGCCAAAAUGCCUAACAACAGGAAGAGGCCUGUCAGUCUAUCUACGAAGUCCAGCGCUUCGAAACGAGGGAGUAAACGCCCUUCUCGACACCGUCUCCGACCUCAAUCUGCUUUGUAUAGAAGAACUAUACGAUGAAGCCCUUUGUAACAUCGAAAAUACGGGAGUAGUAGGAGGUAUUGCCACGGGCUCAAUGCCUAUAACCGAUUCGAUUAGUCUUAAAAUAUUCGGCGUUAAAAUUACGUUCCAUCUCGUUCCAGAACCUCCCGGCGGUUAUAGGGCCUCUCUAGGAAACGAAUUUUUCGUUCAAAAUUGUGUAAACAUUUCAUUUUACUGGAACACUUGA